CCUGGUGUUUGCCUGCAGCAAGAUGGCGGCGGUCUCAAUGUCAGUGGCGCUGAGGCAGGCGUUAUGGCGAAGGGUAGUGGCUGUAGCUGCCCUUUCCGUUUCCAGGGUUCCGACCAGGUCAUUGAGCACUUCCACAUGGAGAUUGGCACAGGACCAGACUCAAGACACACAACUCAUAACAGUUGAUGAAAAAUUGGAUGUCACUACUUUAACUGGCGUUCCAGAGGAGCAUAUAAAAACUAGAAAAGUCAGGAUCUUUGUUCCUGCUCGCAAUAACAUGCAGUCUGGAGUAAACAACACAAAGAAAUGGAAGAUGGAGUUUGAUACCAGGGAGCGAUGGGAAAAUCCUUUGAUGGGUUGGGCAUCAACGGCUGAUCCCUUAUCCAACAUGGUUCUAACCUUCCGUACUAAAGAAGAUGCAGUUUCCUUUGCUGAAAAAAAUGGAUGGAGCUAUGACGUUGAAGAGAGGAAGGUUCCAAAACCCAAGUCCAAGUCUUAUGGUGCAAACUUUUCUUGGAACAAAAGAACAAGAGUAUCCACAAAAUAGGUUGGCACUGACUAUAUCUGUGCUUGACUGUGAAUAAAGUCAGCUGUGCAGUAUUUAUAGUCCAUAUACAUCGCUUAAUCUCCUAAUAAAUUUGACCUUUAAACUA